AUGAGAAGGGGACUGCAGCCGCCGGCCCCGGCAGCGCCGCCGCCCGUACCGUCCACGGACUCCAGAGCAGCCCCCGCCGGCUUCCCGGCCCGCUUUGCCGCCGGCACCUUCAUCCAGAUCCGCAGCACCGGCGCGGCGGCGGCGGGGACGCCUUGUGUUGUCUCCUCCUCCUCCACCGCCGCUUCCCAGGCUCCCGGUGCGUUCGGGCCGGCGGCGGACGGGGGCCAUCCGGCCGGCAGCUCGCUGUACUGCACCCCGCACGGACCCGCCGGCAGGACGGCGCUGCUGCAGCCCGCUCUCGCCGGAGGCCGCCCCCCGGCAAAGCGAAGGCUGGAGCUCGGGGAAAGCGGCCACCAGUAUCUGGCUGAAGGAUUAAAGACUCCAAAGGGGAAAGGAAGAGCUGCCACAAGAAGUCCAGAUAGUCCAAAAACUCCAAAAUCUCCCUCAGAAAAGACUCGUUACGAUACAUCCCUCGGCCUUCUAACGAAGAAGUUCAUUCAGCUGCUGAGCCAAUCUCCUGAUGGGGUCUUAGACUUGAACAGAGCCGCAGAGGUCCUCAAGGUGCAAAAAAGGAGGAUUUAUGAUAUCACCAAUGUACUGGAAGGCAUCCAUCUCAUUAAGAAAAAAUCCAAAAACAACAUUCAGUGGAUGGGCUGCAGUCUGUCAGAGGAUGGUGGCAUGCUGGCACAGCGUCAGGGCCUCACGAGGGAGGUGACUGAACUGACUCAGGAAGAGAAGAAACUGGAUGAGCUGAUCCAAAGCUGCACGCUGGACCUCAAGCUGCUAACGGAGGACUCCGAGAAUCAGAGAUUAGCUUAUGUGACGUAUCAAGAUAUUAGAAAAAUUAGUGGCCUUAAAGACCAAACUGUUAUAGUUGUGAAAGCUCCUCCAGAAACAAGACUUGAAGUGCCUGACCCCGUGGAGCAGAGCGCAUUGAUACAUUUAUCCAGUACUCAAGGACCUAUUGAAGUUUAUCUGUGCCCAGAGGAAAACGAUGCCCUCAGUCCAAUGAAAACCUACAGCCAGGACCACAACGGGAAUCUUUCCAAAACCAUUUCCAAAGAAGUGGCUUCUGCUAACUCAGGACAAGGUGACUGCUCAGUAAACAUGGCAACAAUCUCUCCGUUGGCGUCUCCAGCCAACCUGCUCCAGCAGACCGAGGACCAAAUUCCCUCAAACUUUGAAGGACCAUUUGUGAAUUUGCUGCCUCCUCUGCUUCAGGAAGACUAUUUGCUGAGCCUUGGGGAUGAAGAAGGCAUCAGUGACCUCUUCGAUGCUUAUGAUUUAGAGAAGCUUCCUUCCUUGGUGGACGAAUUCAUAUACAGCUGAUUGUCUUAAACGCUGCCCGUUGUCUAAAUGAUGUUUUUAAUGGAAUCAAAAAACCUGCCGUCUGAAUUCAGAGUUCUCUGCUACUUACUCUAAAAUAGCGUUAUUAAACAAACUAGGUGGAUGUUUCAGUUAAAUACUCCCUCAAAUACUAGAAAGGAGGAGGUGUGAAGGCUUUUUUUUGCAGCAAGGCCUUCCCCUUGGCCCUGAGCUCCAGCACCUUGAGAGUCAGCGAGCAGGUGACCGUGAAAGUUUUGUCUCCACGCUUCCCCCCUUCCUCCUCCCCAAGUCUCUGCUUACGGGGAAGGGCUCAAUGAACUGAUUUAGUCCUCAAACAACAAUUUUAUACUAGUAUUUCAGGUUGUGCCUUCUGCAGAGAAUGCAUGUGUCUCUCUCUUUUGGUUUUCCCCCCUUUCCCGAGUGUCGCAACACGGAUUGUACCUGCAGCUGAACGUAAACACGAAGUAACGCAACAGAUAUUGCAAAGAUGGAAAGGUAUGAAGCUCUUGCCACUUCUUGGAGUAAUCUCAGAUUUUAAAAUAUGCUCUUUUGUGUGUGUGUGUGUGUGUGAAAGUAGUUUCUGUUGGUUGGGGUUUCUUUUUAAGCUAGAUCGAAGAUGCACAGUUCAAUUUUACAGCCCCCGGUGUGCAUUAGAACUGGUACAUAAAUUUCUUUGUGGUACUAAGUGGGGCUUUGUGUUAAGUGCCUACUGGAGAUGCACUGUGGGUUUUUCCCUCGGUGGAAAACACUUCUGCCAAGCUUUGUUUGCUCAAUACAUCAUAUUUAUCUCAGUGGGUUGGCUUCCUCCGCUUCCAGCUUUUGACAAUUCCCUUUGCCAGCAGAAUGGAACUGAUUUCUUUCUUUUUCUCUCCAAAGUACAUAACUGUAAGUACCACAUCGACUCAGCCACAUUUGUUUUUCUGCAGAUCUUUGGUAGCAUAGCACCAAUAUUUAUUUUCUUUGAAGGUGAGAAGAGUUCUAAGAAGUCUUAAAAGAAUUUGGUGGGGUUUCUUUUUGGUUUGAGUGUAAAAUACGUUGCCACGUUCUGGGCUAAAUGAAAUGUGGAUUAAAUGACACCCAUGUAACCCUUAAUAUUUGCAUUACUGGUGUGCUUAUCUGACAUACUCAUCAGUACGACCUGUACUGUAGCAGAAUAUCCCAAAUGCAGGUUUUCUGGUACCAUUGAGUUGCUGCUACAAAAGCUCACACACGAGAAGGCAAGAAGUCCCAGUACUCAUCAGAAAACUAUGACUGUGUGAGCUUUGGAAUAUAACAGAUGUAUAAAAGGCAACACAUAGAGAACUGUUAAACAGUGUUAAGUGUGUGUUUAUAUGUACAAACGUGUGCAUAGCUCCUUCAGCAGUUGUAUUUAAGUUGAUGUACGUUCUCAACUCACACUUUUAGUUUCCCUAGCAGUUUUGUACAAUAGAGAAUUGAUUUGUAAACACUGCCAGAAGAUUUUUUUUUCUAGCUGGUUUGUAAUUUUUUUAAGAUGGUUUUGUUGGGUUUCUUUCUAUCAUUAUUUUUAGAUGUGGACCUGUAAAUAAAAACUGUAGUAUUUAAAAGCUUUUCGUCUCGUGGAAGAGCAAAGAGUCGUGUGAGCAUGAAGAGAGACAAAGGGGCACUUUUGUGGGGGGAGAGAAAAUGAAGACUAACGCAGACCAUCUUGUUUUCUUUGUACAAAUUAGACACUUGUCCCAGUGUGUGUGGGCAAAAUACUAAUCUAACUUAGCUUUGCAUUGUAUGCUAGUUGAAAAAAAAAACACCUCUGUAAAAUACUGUAAAAAAAAAAGACAAACGACAAAACCCAACAAAAAAAAAAAGCUUUUAUGGUGAGUUUUGUAAAUAGAUUUAUUAAGGGAUGACCUGUUCUCUAGCUGUGAUCUUACCACUUCCAAUGGAUGUCAUUUGAAUAAAUUUUG